AAGCGAAAAUUACACGUUUCCGCGGUAUCUUUCCCCCCCGCCUCGCUGAAUCUCAUUCGGUCAUUCCUCAGAUGACUCAUUCUGGAACUUAUCUUCUACUUGUCAUCGAAAUUUUUUUAUGUCUGAAAAGUGCGGUAAUUUCUUCAAUCUGUUAGAGACGAAUAUUAGUAUCCUGCUGUCUGUUUUGGGGAUUUAAAAUGUUGUUUUCUCUGUUACAUAGGUAAAUUGUCUAGAAAUAAUGUGCUUUCUGUGAUGUUUUCUUAUGGAGGAAUAUUUAGGUAGAAAGGAUCCCAUGGCAGAUCGAAGAGCAGAAUUAGAAAGAAAGAGGCAAAAAUUAGCCCUUUUACGUGAAGAAAAAGCGAGAAGGAAACGUGAGAAAGAAGCAUUAAAGUCAGAGGAAUCAAUAAUUAAUAGUUUGAAGCGAGAAAAGGAUGUUUUGGUGGAAACAGACAAGUUGUUAGCCUCAUUAAAUGUGACAACAUCAAUAUCUUCUCUGCCUAGUGCUUCAGAUUCUAGCUUGUCAGAUACUUCAUUAAAUAAAUCCAUUAUUGUUGUACCUCCACCUCCUAAACCAAAAAAGGUUAAUUUAUCUCUGGUUAAAGUGCAUCAAACUUCUGUUCAGCCUCAAGAGAAAGUUGUGUAUGACAAACAGACACAGACCUUGCAUUCCAGCAGUGAUAAAGAAGCCACUUCAUUUGAUUAUUAUG